GGAUUAUCGGAAUCGGAUUAUCAAUUCAGAAACAUUGUACCCGCUGAACAUUUCUCGUUCGUUUGUUUUUAAAAUUUUAGCUAAUCACUACGUUAGUUUUUGUGUAAACAAGAUAGUUAAAAUGCAGGAAUCCUAUCCAACAAUAAGAAAAGUACCAACGCAUAUCAUGACUUGGGGAAAAUGGAUAGAAGAGUCUCUCGGGGAUAUUGACGAGAUUGUACUUUGCAUCACCGGAAACCCAGGACUUCCGGGAUUUUAUACGAAGUUUUUAUCUACGGUGUAUGAGUGCCUUGAUAAAAGGAAGCCUGUGUGGGUUAUUGGACAUGCUGGACAUGACGAAGCACCUGAGAGUCCGUACACAAAACCUGUCCUUCCGAUAAAGAACAAUGAAAAUUUAUAUGAUUUAAAUGGUCAACUGCAACAUAAAGUUGAAUUCAUUCGUAAAUAUGUUCCCAAACAAGUCAAAAUACAUCUUAUUGGCCACUCUAUCGGCUGUUACUUGGCUCUAGAACUUCUAAAAAUUCCUGACAUUAGUGAACGCAUUCAGCAUUGCUAUAUGCUUUUUCCGACCAUAGAACGAAUGGCUAACAGCAAAAAUGGAUUUAUAUUGACCAAAAUUAUAAGUCCCAUAUACUGUAUAAUACAAUGGUUCUACUACUGCUUCGCUUUACUGCCAAAGUUUUUAAAAAUCUGGAUUAUAUAUGUUUAUUUCAUGAUCACCCGCUCACCAACCUAUUAUUUAGGAACAGCUCUGAAAUAUACAAAUCCUGCAGUCGUCGAUAAAGUGUGGUUUAUGGCAAUGGAUGAAAUGAAGUUAGUAAGGGAUUUGGACACAGAAAACAUUCAACUGAAUAAAAAAAGAUUAAAAUUUUAUUAUGGUACAACCGACGGAUGGGUCCCAGUAAAAUACUUUUACGAGUUGAGGCAAAGAAUUCCUGAUGUAGAUGCAGAGCUAUGCACAAGAAAUUUUGAGCAUGCUUUUGUAAUGCAUUCGGCGUCGAAAAUGGGAUACAUUGUGGGUGAAUGGAUACAAAAACAAGAAUAAGUUAGAUAGAUACGAUGAGUUAUAUUAAAUAUUGCAAAUAAACAUUAGUUUGCGGUGAAUUUAAAACUAAAUAAAUCUUUUUUACUACAUUAG